GCAGAAGACAGCAGCACGAAAGGAGACAGUGUAUAUUGCUUACUCGACUUGAAAUGGACUUUGAUUUGAAGUCUCCCGCGUAAUGAAAACCUGCAACUUCAGCUCGUGAAACACACAGUGUCUAUACGACAUGGCAAUGGCGGCAACAACAAUACUACAACGAGAAUAAAAGAUCUUCACUUGGAUUAAGUUCUGUCAUCUGCACUAACGCCUUCACAAAGACAAUACCCAAAACGAGAACUUGUACAUCUUGUGGUGUUUCUGGGAAACUGCAAUAUCACCUUUCCACAAACCAUUUACAGCCAUCAGAGGAUCCACACAGAAUGGAGGAAUAUUCUUUCCCAUUAAUCUGAAACAGCAAUGCUUUUGCAGACCAACAGGAGAAUAAAUUAAAAAGUCUUCCAGCAGUUCAAAAGAGCCAAAAUUAAAGGAUCUUCAGUUCUCAUGGUAGAAUAAGUGACCAUAAAGAAAAUAAUGAGCAGUGAUUUAAGGGCUAAAGAUAUAUUUUUAGAACUCAGUCAAGUGUGAAGGUUAAUACCUGUUCCUUGUUUAUUCUGUGUCAUUUAACUUUCUGUGCUCGUCAAUAUACUGCACAAACAACAACAACAACAAAAAUCUUCAGCCAUGAAUUACUGCUCACAUUUAUCAGCCAUGACCUUCACAAAGGCAAAGCAUCACCAAUAUCUGCAACUACCAAACUAAAUGACUUUUUCACCACAAGAUAUUUUCAUGGAUUAAUUGAUUUUUAUAUUAAGAAUCAUGCAAAGAUGAUAUGAAGCACUGGUGAACCAUGCAACAUGGAUCUGGUGAACAGCUCAGAUGAGUUCUUCCUCAUCAAUGCCACAGUCAGUCCCACAACCCUGGAGUCCUGGGACGACACGACACUCCUCAGCCUUCAGAUCUCCAUCUCCGCCAUGUUAGCCAUCGUCACUUUGGCCACCGCACUGUCCAACGCUUUCGUGAUCGCCACCAUUUUCCUCACACGCAAGCUUCACACCCCCGCCAACUUCCUGAUUGGCUCUCUCGCAGCAACAGACCUCCUGGUGUCCAUUUUAGUCAUGCCCAUCAGCAUUGUGUACACGGUCAGUAAGACUUGGACUCUAGGUCAGAUCGUGUGUGAUAUCUGGCUAUCAUCUGACAUAACGUUUUGCACGGCUUCCAUUCUGCACCUGUGCGUGAUCGCGCUCGACCGAUACUGGGCCAUUACCGAUGCCUUGGAAUACUCGAAGCGGCGGACCAUGCGGCGAGCGGCACUGAUGAUCGGUGUAGUGUGGGUGAUCUCGGUCUCCAUCUCCUUGCCUCCUCUGUUCUGGCGGCAGGCUAAGGCCCACGAGGAGCUCACAGAGUGCAUGGUCAACACUGACCAGAUCUCCUACACGCUCUAUUCCACAUUUGGUGCAUUUUAUGUUCCCACUGUUCUCUUGAUGAUUCUCUACGGGCGGAUCUACGUGGCGGCUCGUUCCAGGAUCUUCAAAACACCGGCGACAAGCGGAAAACGGUUCACCGCUGCUCAGCUCAUUCAGAACUCAGCGGGAUCUUCGCUCUGCUCGCUGAACUCCACCUCUAAUCAGGAGGGACAUCUUCAUUCUGGAGGAGGAGGAGGUGGCGGAGGAGCGUCUCCUCUUUUCUCAAACAGCGUGAAAGUGAAGCUUGCUGAUAGCGUGUUGGAAAGAAAGCGUAUUUGUGCUGCUCGCGAGAAGAAGGCCACCAAAACUCUUGGGAUUAUCCUGGGUGCGUUUAUAGUGUGCUGGCUCCCAUUCUUCGUGUUCACGCUGGUGAUGGGGGUCUGUAAAGACUGCUGGUUUCAUCCUGUACUCUUUGAUGUGUUCACCUGGCUGGGGUACCUCAACUCGCUCAUCAAUCCAGUCAUCUACACUGUCUUCAAUGAUGACUUCAAACAAGCCUUCCACAAGCUCAUCAAGUUUAAAAGAUGCUACUGAUGUUACAUGCCUCUCAUGUGUUUCGACAUGUUCAUGACAUAACUAGUGGAUGUCUGUGGAAAAUAUCUGAACCAGGUGAACAUUCAUUGUUCAUAUGCUUGGAGUACACAAUGUAUCCUGCCGUGUGUUUUUCAGCGAGCUCCUAAACGCGCACAUGGUGUCUGGUCGAUGUAUAAUAUCACUGUUCUCAUGAGACAGCUUGUAAAAUACUGUGUCAUAUUGUUGAUGCUUCCUCGUAGUUUAUGAAUGCAUGCAAAGAUUAUGAAUCCUUCACUAGAGAGUGACGUUUUACUGUCUCUGUAAUCAAUAGCUGUCUAUAAACGGCCUUAUUUAAAGGGGUGGUUGAUUGCAAUUUCACUUUUUUAACAUUAGUGUGUAAUGUUGCUGUUUGAACAUAAACAAUAUCUGCAAAGGUGCAGCGCUUAAAGUUCAAGGCAAAUGUAGAUAUGGUCUUUUAAAAUUCUGGCAGUUUAAUGCCUAUAAAAAUGGCUCGUAAGGGACUACAACAAGACUCUUCCCACGUCACGAAACCCAGACAAAGGGGGAGAGGCCAUGCUGUGCUUCUUUAGAGAAGAGGAAUAGAAAACUAGGGGUGCAUGUAAAUCUCUAUUCAUAUAUUUAACAGUGAAUUCAGGCUACACACAUAUAUUUUUUUACCAGUAUGUGUGUUCCCUGGGAAUCAAACCCACCACCUUUUGCACUGCUAACGCAAUGUUCUACCACUGACCCGCAGUUCUCAAUCCUAUCCCUCAUGUCGCCCUGCUCUCCAUCUCUCUUUCAGAUCGUCAGAUCAGCUCCAACAAACUGUUCCAUUUAUACACUUAUUUUCACAUAGCAAUGAGAAGUGUUAUACAUGGACGUGCAUAUGGUUGCUGUGCUGUAUUACAUUUACAUUUAUGCAUUUAGCAGACGCUUUUAUCCAAAGCGACUUACAGUGCAUUCAGGCUAUCAAUUUUUACGUAUGUGUUCCCGGGGAAUCGAACCCCCAACCUUGCGCUUGCUUGUUUGCGCAGUGCUCUACGAGUUGAGCUACAUGAACACAAAUUAAAGCUUUAAUCAGAAUAAAAUCGUAUAUUAAAAGCUGGAGCAGUAGCAUUUACAAACAGCAGCAUAUCUAAAAGUAUGAGAACAACAAACAAGCAUACCAUUAAGAGCCAUGCUUGCACACAUUCUGUGUGAUCCUCUUCAUUAAUAUUCUCUGUAUCUCAAAUUGAUAAGCAACAUAGAGGACUUCAUUUUUUACUAUACAACCAGAGCACAUUCUGAGCUUGAGGGGUAGGAUGUUCAGACAGACUUGAGGCGGUUUAGCGAAUCACAACAUACUGAGCCAGCUGAUCAAUCUCAGCCCAUCACGUAUAUAUAACAGGAAAUAAUCAAGGCAUCUGUCAGAGAAGGGACAGAUCGGUGAAGAAUAAAGGUAAAAUAUGUGAAAAAUAAACAUGUGUUGUUUUUGUUUUUGUUUUGUUUUUUAACUAAGAAUGAACACAUGUUAGACUGCACCCCAUCAACACAGUCAAGCCUAGAAAAAUAAGUCAACCACCCCUUUAACAGAAAUGGACUGAUAUUAAUAUGAAAGACACUUUAUUUAAAAAGAACACAAAUAAAUUAAGGUUGCUGUUCCCAUAGGAACACAGACAUGCCUUGCCUGAGAAAAGCGCUGACUCUUACAUAAACUUUCAUAUAGAAUCCCUAAAUAAAUACGUUCAUUAUAUAAGAUUAAAAACAAAGCUUUAUGUUUUGUGGGUUUGCAUUUUUGUGCGAAAGAAGUUUUGUUAUCAGUUUCCUCUUUUAUUUUGAUGUCAGAGUUUGAGCAGUUUUAUGAUCAUGAGGAUGAAAAACAAGCUCAUUUCAGGACAUGGAGCAGAAGAAAAGUGAUCAAAAUGAUCAAAAGUUCAAAUGGAGGUACCCGGUGAGAGAGAAUGAUGUGCUUUGACACAAGGUGCAGCUUUAGCUCAUUUUAGAAAAAAAAAUAGUGCUGCUGAAAGAGUUUUAUGAUGUGAAGGUCAUUAUUUCAUCAAAUAUCCCAAUAACGCAGCUUGUGGAAAGAGAAGCACCUCUGACUGCAGUCGUAUAUGUAUGAAUAAUGGCAUCCAGGAAAUUGGCAAACUUUGUCCUCCCAUCACUCUUUCUUAUGAUGAAGGUCAGCUGUGUUGGUUCAAAAGGUUUUUUGAUAAGAAAACACAGCAAUAAGAGACUGUAGGCCUGAGUCACACAGGAAUAAUGAGGCAUAUCCCCUGAACAUACUACUCGCAGGCUUUCAAACAGUAUUUGAGAGUGCAGGGUAAAGCUGUGCUGGCCUGUUCGGUCAAGAUAGAUGAUCUGUAUAUUCACAGUCAGUAUAUCAACAGAAAAAAGCUCCCUCUCACUCAUCCUAACAGCAAGGAUGAGGUCACACCCCAUAAAAUAGACCUUUAGAGACUCAUUAUCAUUCACAACCAUCAGUAAAUCCAAAAACGAAUGCACUCGUUCACCAGCAUUAUGUGUUUGGUGCAUGAAGGUACGAUGUGUGGAUGUUUAUCAGAAUAUGGCCAUCAUGAGAAUGGCUAGAAGAUCAAACAGAUUUUUGUACUUAGAUCACUAUGCAGUGUCAUAGUAAUGUUGUCAGUUAAGUCAUGAAGUUAACAAAACGGUGAUUAAAGCUGCCUUAAAACUGUGCAUGCAUGAAAGUAUUUGUUAUAUAUGAGUACGAUUUAAGAACGUGUCUCUGAAAUGCUGUUUGCAAAACUGUCCUGGAGCAGCCCAGUACUGUCACCUUCAACUCGUCAGCUCUUUAUAGAGACUUUAAGUGCUGAAGUGGGUCAGAAAAGGUAAAGGGUUGCGUCAGCGUGUCAGAUCCGCGUCAUGUUCUGCUGUAGCAGAAGCUCUUAAAGUAAUAGCAGCCAAAAAAAUAAAAUAAAAAACAGCUGCUGUGAUAUCUGUUAAG